AUGCCAGUCAAACCCAUUGGGUGGAUAUGUGGACAUGUGUUGAAGAACUGUUCUGGAAAAAUGGAGGGGAUCCAGAAAGUAAUUAUGGACCUUAUAGAUGAGUUUAAAGAYGAACUUCCUACCAUCCUAAGAUUAUCAGAAUCUAAUCAGAAAAGAGAACCUGUGCAGAAAAAAUCCAGAAUGGCUAUCACUUUAGCCAAGAUCAAUCGGAGAGCAUUAAUUCAAGGAUUAAACAACAUAUCCAGAUCUUCCCAGUCAGUGGCCAAACUUCUGCAUCCUAAGCUUACAUGUAGAAUUUUGGAGUUAAGGGACAUAUCUUGUCGUCUGCUGAGAGAAGUUAAUGCACCAAGUCAACCAGUAUAUAACAUUCAGGUCAGAAAGGGUUCUUUGUGUGAUAUCGUUUCCUUUCCAGCAAAGACUGCUUUAACUAGCAUAAUAUAUGCUUCAUAUGCAGCACUAAUUUAUUUGGCAGUCUGCAUUAAUGCUGUGCUGGAGAAGGUAAAGCACAUUUUCCAAGAAGAAGAAUCCAUAAGGCAAAACACAGAGAGUGAAAAUUUUAGAAAAGCCUUUUCAGAGCCUGUGAUUUUGGAGCCUGCAUUUCCUGAAGGUGAAAUCAAAGCAAAACCUUACAGGUCAUUGUCGGAGAAGCCAGACAACAUUUCAGAUCUCCCCAAGCUUCCUGCUAAUAAGCAGAGUAAUAAGAUCCAGGUUUUACAUUCGGUGUUUGACCAAUCAGCUGAAAUAAAUGAAUGAAGAAAUCUAAACACAAACAUCACUGCAGAGACCUUGAAUUAUCUAUGAAAUGGCACAUUUCAUCUGACAAAACUAGGAAGCUAGUUUACAUAUACCAAAUGCUCUGCUCUUAAAAAAAAAAAAGCUCCAGGGUGAGGAUGGGGGAUACUACUAUGCAACUGUCAUUCUCUAGUAUUUAUAUGGUAGAGAAAAUAAAAUGAAUCUUGAUGUAUAAUAAACAUAUGAUUAUCAGUAUUUUUAAUAAACAAAAAAUUCUCCUUUUGGUGGGUUAUACUUUAUACCAAGGUUUAUAAUAUCAGCAUAUAUAUAAUACUUUUAUUAAAGAUUUGUUUUUGGUGUCUGAGAGGAAAAAAAUUCCCUUUUCAGGGAUAAUAAAAGGAUAUUUAUUUUCUAUCUGAAAGCUUCACAGUUUGAGUCUACCUACCAAUUUUUUAAUAAACUUACUUGUAAAGUUAUGAAAGACUUCCAAUUUACAAAUGCCAUAAAAUAUUAUUUACAAAUCUGAUAAGAUUUCUGUAUAUGAAGACCCCCUACACACCUUUUUUUGUUUUUUMUUUUUUUAAGAGAUUAGGUCUCAUAAUGUUGCCUAGGCUGGCCACAGACUCCUGCGUCCAGGAAUCCUUUUGUCUCAGCCUCUCAAGUAGCUGGGACUAUGGGUGCCAGCCAUACUGUACCAGGCAAUGUUACCUUUUUUUCUGACAUAAAUUUAGAACCAGAAACCAUUAUUGCCAUUGGCUCCUAAGAACAAAUCCUUUUGAAACUGGCCCUGCAAACAAGGCUGAUAGUGUUUGCUUGCAGGAGACAUUUUGGUUUCUUCUGUGCACUCUUCCCUUACCCCAAUGGGGACUGAAUCCAUGGGUACUCUACCACUGAGCUAUAUCUUCAGUUCCCCCAUCUUUUAUAUUUUGAG